AUGCAAGAUACAAGACCAGAGUUAUAUGAGGAAGUUAAACUUUAUAGAAAUACUAGGGAACGAGAAAAGCAUGAUAAUAUGGCAGAACUAUAUGCUGUGAUUAGCACCCUUCAGCAUCUUGAAAAAGCUUAUAUGAGAGAUUGUGUUCGUGCACAAGAAUAUACAGCAGCAUGCAGCCGAUUGCUAGUUCAAUAUAAGGUUGCAUUUAAACAAGUCCAGGGCGAUGAGUUUCCUACUAUUGAAUCAUUUGUUACAAAGUUCAGACUUGAUUGUCCUGCUGCUCUAGAAAGGAUAAGGGAAAAUAAACCCAAUCUUAUCAAGGAUGAUAAAGGAAAUACCAAUAAGUACAUUGCUGAGAUUGUUUCGUUAUUCAUAACCCUGAUGGACAAACUGCGUCUAGACCUGCGCGCGAUGGACAUGAUCCAGCCAGAGCUGAGUGACCUGAAGGACACGAUGGACCGCCUCGCCAUGCUGCCAGAGGACUUUGAAGGGAAACUCAAGGUCCAAGAAUGGUUAGAUAAGCUAUCGGAGAUGUCGGCGUCGGACGAGCUGUCGGAGGCGCAGGUGCGGCAGCUGGUGUUCGACCUGGAGACCGCAUACGGCGCCUUCAACAAAGUCCUGCACAAUAAC